AUGUGGUGGGGGAAUGGCGGUCGGUUCUACUGGGCGAGGAGAGAAGCGAGUGCUGAAGGGAUUGUUGUUGUGUUCGCGUGGUUGUCAAGCAGGGAGAAACCCGUCAGGUCGUACGUGAAUCUUUACGGCUCCCUCGGGUGGAAUUCGCUUGUUUGCCACUGCGAUUUCCUCACACUGUAUAUUCCUGAACCUUAGUGCUCCCGAUUCUCGUGAUCUUGCUCAACUUCGCUCCUGUUUUCUUUCUCUGAGUUCCCUACUGUCUGAUUUUUGGGAAAAGUGCUGACGCUUUCGCUGCACGAACGCGUGAAGUAGAGGAUUUAAUAAUAUCUUUCCUCGUUCGUCUUGAGUUAUUUUUUCUGCGCAAUCCCUUCGUGAGGCAAUUUUGACUUCAGUUGGAUGUCGGAAACAAUAUCUAAAGUGAUCUAAAAUCCUUCAUUGCCGUAUUAUGUGCUAAACGUAUUAUGUGCCGAAUACUUUAAACAGUAAGGCCCAAGAUCACAAGCAUUAAAAGCAGUUCUUCGUUCAUAGAUUUUUCUAAAAUUUACAUUUUAUGAAUGAAUCAUAGAUUGGGUGCUCUUUAAUAAAAGUGCGUUGAAGUUGUUUUGAGAUGCAAACUUGAUCUAACUUAGGGAGAAACACAUGUACGCUAUUUGAACCAACAAUAUUGAACACUGGUUUCCUCUCUAUGGUCGUUCUAGCAUGCUGGCCUUGCUGCCCAGGCUGAAGGAUUAAUUUUCAGUGACUUAUUUAGUAAAGAUAAUUCUGUAUGUUCCAACCUGAUGGAAAUCACCUGGUAACAAUGAGCUUCAAGAUGGUAGGAAUCAUAUUGGGGACGAGCUGAACUUUUUGCUUAAUGAUUGAUCCUCAUGUAUGGGAGUGACGAAUCAUAUUAAGGUUGAUCCUCAUGUGCUGGUUCUAUAGCUCUGGGACUCGUUCUUGUGGUUUUCUCUUAUGCCCAGGAAGCUUCAUGGUCCCAGUGAGACAAUCCUCUUCGUGAUUUUUGUUACAUACCACGGUUUCUUUCCAUGUUCAAUGAUCACUUAUCUGAAACUUGAAGUUAUUUUUCAUAAAAGAAUGUGGCAGCUGUUCUAGUUUUAUAGUUAUACAAUAACUAUGACCUUCAUAUUUCCUUCGAAUCCUCUUUGGAAAAACAGCUAAAGUUUGGAUUCUCUAAGAUUUGUCCUUGAUUUUGUGAGGCACUCUGUUCCGGGUUCUUCUUUUCUAGGAACUUUGACUAUCUAGCUCUGGCUAGGUAGCUCUUCUAGAAUACUAGUCUAGGAAUCUCUGUCCUUAGACAUGAAAACAUCACAAGUGGACAUCUUCUGGGAACACUUCACUCCCUGAUGCAGCUUCGACUUCAUGAAUCUAAUUGAGUACUACCAUCGGUUCUGUAAGUCACCACUCUAGCUUCUCAUUAAUGCAAACACUCAAGCUUCUGUUCCACUUGUUAGAUUUCUUCAACCAAGAAAUCUUUUGAUCUUGCUCUAACUUCAAAACAGAGAUUGUCACAGCAUUUUUAGCGGACAUACCCUCUAUGUUGGAUUGUACAUCUUUAGGCUCGCCCUUGGCCCUCUUGCCCUUCCUUUUUAACUGACUUCGUCUUCUCCUGCACCUGGCAUCACACCGCAAACAAUUCGGAGUGUUCCCAUGAAACGUUGGUUAUUCUCCUUGAAAUAUAAAUAUCGCAGAAAAUGAAGGCCUGAAAAAGUUUUCUCGUUAGUCUCGAAUUUUAGAUCAACAUACUACAUAUUUCCAGGUUUACCCACCUACUGAUCCUCAUCCAUCCAAACAACAUCUUAAUGUUACCCCUCUCUUCGCGUUUUCCAGUUUACCAGAGCAGCAAAUGUGGUUGUUAACAUGAUUAAGCUGAGAAAAAACUGUGAUUUUUUUUAAAUGGUGUAUAGCCAAUACCAUCUUAUAUUUUUGUUCUCUUUAUUUUUUGCGUUACAAUAAUCACUGCUUUUUUGUAGAGGAAUUUCUUCUGUUAAUUUUAGAUUUGGUGUUAUGUAGAUUUUUCCCAGAAAAGGGUACAUCACUGGCACUUGGUGUUCUUCACGAGUUGGCUAAGGUAACCGUUAUUGUUUUAGUGCAUAUUCACUUCACAUUGUAGUAUACUCGGCCCAUUAUAUUCUGAGUAAUUCUAUGCCCAAGUUACUGGAAAAAAUUUAUACGUUAGAUGUAAUUUAUCAUUUGUCACCACAUAGAACAUUACCCGUGACCAAUUUUCAUAGAUUCCAUGUCGACUAGUAGCAUAUAUAUCAUUUAAUAUUUCUGGUUUAUAACGUUCUAAUUGUGAUUGCUGGGCAGUCAGGAAAAAUAGUUGAAUCAUUCCAAUCGCAGUUGCGAUUAUCAACAAAUGAUAUUGUUUCUGUUCCCUUCAUUUAUGAAUUCGGAAAUGCUGCCUAGCUUUGCAAACCAGUGACAGGCCGUUUGCAUGGGACAUGCCAUGCAUCAUGAUAUGCACAUAAUUUAUCAAUUUUAUAUGUUCUUCCAUUUCAUCUUCUGAUAGAUCUCUAUCACUCACAUCUUUUCGACCCUUCUCUUUUUAAUGGAAAGAUAUCCUUUCAUAUUCUUUGUUAACUGUUUGCACUGUAGGAAGUGAAGAACAGACAAUUGCCUAUUGUAUUCUCAGCUUUCUCAGGAGGCCCAAAGGGCUGUAUGUACAAGCUUUUUCAGGUAAAUGUCUAACCCGGAAACUUGCAAUUGAUUAUUCAGUACUGUUUAUAAGUGUGAGUUUGAAUACCUUCUCCAUGGUGAUGCUGUUUCAUUCAUUGCGUGAUGAUUUUCAUGCCGCUUUCUUUUUCUAGAUAAUUGAAGGAAAAUGUGAAGGGCAACUUGAUCUGGUAAGCUAUCCUUUCACUGUUCCAGUUUCUGGCAAAGAACUUCAUUCCUAGUCUUUAAUCUUUUGUAGUUGUUAACAGGAAACAAGACUUUUCUGAUUAGAUAAUAGCUCAUGCGCUUAUAUGCAAAUUGAUGGGAGUUAACAUCUUCUACCUAACCAAGAUACUGCAUUGGCGUUUCUGUCUUUUAUUGUACCGACCGAUUUAUCCGUUGACUUACUGACUGAAAUGUUUGAUUAGUUCUUCAUUAUGUUUCACUUACUGACCAAAAUGGACAUCUAUUAUCCGUAUUGGCCCCAAUACAAAUAUCUUCCUUUGAGAGUAUCAUAAUUGAACACAAGGAGCACACGUAUGACAUCUUUUCGCUGUCAAAGAUUGCCAUAUGAAGUACAUAGAAGGAUGAAACUUUUUUCGUCAAUGAGACGACAAGAAAAGAUUGAAAACUUGCACUUUCUUUUAAGAACAACCGGUGAUCUUCUUCAUAACGUUAAAACUAGUUGUGAGAAGAUGUGUAUGCAAAAUUUGUUGAACAAGAAUAUGCUCUUCAUUUGAGAAUUUAUUGUAUACUUAUACUUAUCACAGAGUGUUGCUGAUAAUAUCAUCUGUUGACGAUUCACUCUGUUAAACCCGUUUCCUUUUCUUUCAUUUAUUUCUUAAAAGUUUAAAAGCUACCUUUAGACUCGCUAGAGAAAUAUUUAUUAUUAUUAACUUCGUUUUUCUAGAAGGGUGAAUAUGACCUUGUAAGGGACUGCGCAUGUGGACAAAUAUACGACUCCAGCCCUGUUGAUUUCACCAGUGACUUGGGUACUCGUUUUGUUCUUCACCCAAGUGUCCUCAGAAUGUCUGAGCCACCACGAAUAGUUUCAUGGAUGGCAAAAAUGCUAGCUUCUGGCUUGGAUACUCUUUUCCUACGGAGAUUUGAGGAACAACGUGCUGACUAUUGGCAAACUCUAUUUUCUUCUACGGUGGGUUUCACAUUUUUAUUUUUCAGACCAGUCUCUUCGUUUUUUUCAGUUUCAUUUUCUUAACCAUGUUUUGAUGCACUAUUGCAGAAAAUGGGACCAGUUCUUGUCUUGUGCUCAGAAGAUGAUGAACUUGCUCCCUUCUCCGUUAUUCAUAACUUUGUGGAAUGCCUGAAAGAGCAAGGUUCUGAUGUUAAGUUGAUUAAAUGGGCAUCUUCCCCACACGUAGGUAUGCCUGAAAACACUUAAAUGUGUCCAAUUAACAAAAUCGGAGAUAACUGUGUCAUUAAGUGAAAGUUUGCGUGCAUCAUUCUCGUAAUAACAUAUUAAAAAAUGCAUGUGUUCUUAAAAGUAACAAAUUUUUGGAUACAAUCACAUGGUGCGCUGGCAAGAAGUUGAGUUAAAUAGGCUCCUUUCCUAUUGACUUUGUUGGCCAAACUCAAAUAUUAUUUUUUUUUAAAUGAAAGAUUUCCUCGAUGCUACAGGCUUGUUGAUUGUUAUGUGAGUUUUACACCUCUUAAUUUUGAAAACGAAGUUGUCAUGUUUUAUCUUUGUUUACAGUUUUUAGGUAAGUCUUUCUUAUUAUUAUUAUCAGGCCUGCUAGUAACUGAGGCUUUCUAAGUUUGCUGUGAUUCAAAUCCUUCCCCAGAUCAAAGUCAGUGAGUAUCAAUUAGAUCCUGGCUAUGAAUGAAUACUCUGUCAAUUAAUAGUCAUAUCAUGAUGUUGAAAAUUUAAUUGAUAACGAAACAUUCCGAAUUAGACCCUACAAUGGUUUCCUUUUUUUUUUUCUUUUUUUUCUUUUUUUCCUGGGGGGUGGAGGGGCAAGGAGAUGAAGAGAAAAGGUUGGGGAGAGUAAACCCAUUUUGGUGAACAUGAGGCGAAGCUCGCUUGACGAGUACUUGCAAUGAACUUCAUUUUGUGGGCUCUUCAUAAAAUUUGGCAUUUUACGAGAUGAGGGUCAUUUUACUGUGCUCAUGAAAAAUGAUCUGUUUAGAUACUUCUUCAUUGCAAGGACUCAAACAUUUUGCCCACAUACUUGUUUUAAUAUAUCUGUUUCUUGCCACUGGGCUUCAAAAGUUCUUCGUGGAACCUUUUUUGACUAUCUGAUUUUAGGCCCACAUAAGUUCAUAAUGGAUUUAUUUUUUUUAUUUUAAUUUUAUUUUUUUAGCAUUGAGUUCCAAGGCCAGAAACGCUCAUAUUGGAUUACGACCACUAGACGCUUGAACCACAAAAAUUUGAUUGGGUCAUGAACACCUGACUCUUGGCCCACAAAAGAUCAAGAUCUUAAUUGAUCUUUUUUUGAUAGCUAAACUUCAAUCAGACAAGGUUUAAUCUUUAUUUUGAUUUUUCAUGUUUAGAAUACUCUCAAGCUCUUAAAACUCUGCCAGCUUAGAUCAGUCUCUCCUGAGCCUCCUAGAAUGUAAUAAACGUGACCUUGGAACAGACUCUUCUGGGGCAGUUAGUGAGCUUUCCACUGAAUUCUGAUGGGAAUGAAGCUGGUUGCCCAUGUAGCACUCUCUCUCUCCUUUCUUUCCUUCCUUUAGCUGUCUCAUGUACACAAUGGUUGUUCGAAUUCCUUGCACAUAAUAGGCUCAUUUGUUGUCUAUGGAAGGUUACUGGUUUCCUAAAAAUAUGUGUUCUUAAUCUGUAGUACGAAUACCUCUUGGCUUGGCACUGAUGGAAGAUAAUCUGAAUGAUUAUGACAUGAUAAGCCAUUAUAAUUCAAAACCCUCUCGGAAUCGAUCUUUCUGUCCGAUUAAUAGAUCCUUCAUGUUCAUGGACUUCACUAGAAAUCAGGGGAGGAACAAUGUCAUGCAGCAGUGUUUCGAAUUCUCAAGUAUGAAUAAUAAGCGGCAGCUCACAUGUGCUUUCCAAAGUCAACCAUCCUUGACUUUGUCACGUAUGCUUCUUCUAAUAGCAUUCAUCAUUUGCUUUCACAUAUACUCAAGUACUAUCUACUUGUCUUCCCAAUGAACACCCUGCAGGCCAUUACAAGCAUUACCCCGUUGACUACCAAGCUGCUGUCUCUCAGCUGCUUAGCAAGGCAGUAAUAUGUUAUAGUCAACGAAUGCAACAACUCAGUGACUACCAAGCUUCAGGCCUUGGAAAUUCCGAUGACCAUGCCUCAGGGUCUGGCGACCGCCCUCGCAAGGCAUUAGCAGGCACCACAGAGGGUCUAAAGGGGUCUACCAGUUGUCACAGUGUUGAUUACCGUUCGCCAUGUUCAGUGGAGCUUGAGGCAGAAGAUGUGGGUCCUGGGCAGGACGAGAAAAGGGGAGAUUGGUUUCAUCUGGAAGGCCCAGAAGCCAUCGCUAAGAUCCUUUCUGACAUGUACAGUCCAAAAACCAUUGAAAGUUGGGACAUUAUGCACAAUGAGCCUCUCCGCAGGAGGCAGAGACUGCCUUCACCUAAUAAGCGUGGUUCCUUGAAUGAUUUCAGAGGCAUGCGACGUUCAAAAUUGUAG